CUGCUCAUCGGCAUCAUGGACGUCGCCCUAACUGAUGCCGCGAAAUGGGUACAAGCCGCCUGCACCGUCAUUUACGCCUUUGUAUACUUCAUGACCAUUGGUGCCAUGGCUUUUGCCACCCUAGGCGAGGCUUCCAGCUCUGUUCUGCGCGCAAAGACUACGGCUCUCGUUACCGCUGCCCAAGCAAUCUGUGGCUUGGCGAUGAACUUCGCGAUUCCUUACAUAGUUAACCCGGAUGAGGGCAACUUGAAGGGCAAGGUUGGAUUCAUCUUUGGUGGUCUGGCGUCGAUUGGAAAUGUGGGGAGCUUCUUCUACGUCCCUGAACUCAAAGGCAAGACCUUUGAUGAAAUUGAUCGUCUCUUUGUGGCGAAGGUGCCACCGAGAAGAAUGGGAAAGAUGUAAGCUAGUGGAGGACAGUGAAUCGCUGUUAGUUGUCAUUGGACUGGAACAGUAUUAAUAUUAAUACACGAUAUCAAGUGGUUGACAAGCACAUGAGCCAGUUUGAUCCCUUGCGACUGUUUGGUGGCGGCUUGUUUAUACCAAUCCUCGAGGGAUUGAACUU